GCAGAUGUUUCUGCCAAACUGGACAAGAUGUUGGGGUAUCUAGAGGUAUUGAGUGAGGCCUGGCUGGAGGAACGCCAAGCCAGCUGGGGUCACGAUGUGGCCCCGAGUGCCAUGCGGUCAGGGUUUCGAGAGUUUGCGCGCGACAUGGUUACCCACGUUGGUGCCGAAGUCAGGCGGUUGAGAGAUAACGUGGGGAGGUUCUGUGAAGGCGCCAUUGAGGGUGCCAAAGCAGUAGCCACCGUUGAGAGCGAGGCCAGACCCCGCAAGGACCCAGUUAAGCUUAAGUUCCCGGACGCGUACGGCGGGAAGCCAGAGGAGAAUUUCGAUAACUGGGAGGCUAGAGUAAACAAUUAUGUUUACUUACAGCAUAUCGUACAGGAUGAUCAGGUCCUUGUAGCCUUCCAAGCCCUCAAGGAGGAAGCGGCUAGUUUUGCUUGGUCUCUCGCGCGCGCGGGCGGUUGCGAAAACAACAUGGUCGCUUAUUCCAAAGUCACCCCCCUCCCUCAAUUCUUCAAGCUCCUUAGGGAGCGGUUUGCUGAUCUUCGCAGGGGCGUGAGAGCCUCUAACAAACUCCAAACCAUCCACUCACGGCAGUGGAGGAGUGUCAGGGCACUCAAAGCCGUUAUGGACGACCUGGUGGCCGUCCAGGACCAUGGGGUGACUGAGUCCCAAGUGGUCCACCUUUUCUAUCGUGCCAUGCCAGAGCCCUUACGAGGGCAUUUCUUUGACAAGAGCCAACAGCCCACUAUGACGUAUGAUGUCCUGAGUAGAGAUGUGGUGUUGUUCGAGGCAAAGUCCAUGCCUGUUUCCACUUUCUGGCAUAAGGACUUAGACAAGGGGAAAAAGUGGAAAGGGCGUACCAUCUCAGGCCAGGUGAGGGCCAAGGAUCACAUGAUCCUUACAUUGGAGGAAGGUGGUGCUGAUGAGGUCCCGUAUAGUCAGAUUGAGUGGGGCCUCGAGGAGGAGGACAGUAGCGUGGGACAGGGGAGGUCCUAUGCUGCUGUCGCGGCUGGAGGGAGGCCGCAAGGUAGAGGAGGAGGCCAGGGCCAAAGGGGCCAGGCCAUGGGAGGCCGAGGAUCAGGUGCACAGGGGGUUGGCGGUCAAGGGAACCGUCAAGCGGGAGGCAGGGGUCAAGGUCCCCCACUGAAUCGCCAAGGUUCUAGUCGGUUCCCACAGCGACGAGGUGGCAGGUCACCUCAAAGGUCAGGAGGUUGGCACCCAGGCUGGCCACAAGGCCGGCCUUGGGAAGAUUUGGGCCUGGACCAGAAAAUUUGGCAGCAACGGAUGGAGUAGGGGCAGUGCUUUUAUUGUGGUGACCUUGCCCACAUCAUAAAAUAUUGUCCCAAGUAUAGACAGGCCCGUUGGGCUGCCCAAGAGUCAAAAGGCAGCCAUCGG